AUGGCUACACCAUCCUCGAUUCCUGCCGAGCCAAAGCGCGAUGUCGUCAACAGGAUUCACAGAGUUACAAGAGGGAAUCGCAGCCUUUGGUAUCAGAUGACUGUUCUGCAGCAACCUGAGCGUGCCCGAGCCUGCGGUUCUGGUUCAAAAGCCAACAGUGAUCGCCGACCUGUUGAUCCUCCCCCCGUUGUCGAGCUUCGGAUUAUCGAGGGACCUAGUGUGGAAGAGGGCAAGGACAUCACUUUUGACUACAACGCCAAUUUCUUUCUAUAUGCCAGUCUGGAGCAUGCCCGUCCACUUGCGCGCGGUCGGGUCAAUACUCCAGCUGCUGGUAACCCACCCAUUCUGACUGGUGUCCCUGCUUCUGGCAUGGCCUAUCUCGACCGUCCCACUGAAGCUGGUUAUUUCAUCUUUCCCGAUCUUUCUGUCCGCCACGAGGGCCUUUACAUACUGACCUUCAGUUUGUUCGAGACUACCAAGGAGGAAAGGGACUUUGAUCUGGAACCUGCCGAUGGCGAUCUUCCACCCGGAGUCGACUACAGAAUGGAAAUCAAGACCGACCCUUUCAGCGUCUAUAGCGCUAAGAAGUUUCCUGGUUUGAUGGAGAGUACUCAACUCAGCAAGACUGUUGCCGACCAGGGCUGCCGAGUUCGAAUUCGACGAGAUGUUCGUAUGAGGAAGCGGGAAAGCAAGCCUGGUGCCGGCAACAGCAACAGUGGUGGAAACGGUUUCGAACGUCGGGAAGAGGACUUUGGUCGCAGAAGGACUAUCACUCCAGCAUCAGAAGACCCCCACAGUAUCCGAAACCGAUCUCACAGUAACUCGAGCGAACAACGAACUCCUUAUACCGACGCUUCUCGCCGACCUUCGAUGGUGGAUUCUUAUCCGCCCCCACCACCACCUCCCUCCUAUGAGCCUGCUCCUUCUGCAUCACGUCAUCUCGACUUUGGAGAUUCUUCUGCUGCUCAAUACCCAACACCACGACAAUAUGCUCACCAACCUGGCCUGCAAAUAACGCCCGGUCCUCCUAGUGGUUCUUAUGCCCCUACAGCUCAGUCUCCGUACUCCAAGACGGAUGCGCCUUACGGUUACGUCAACCGUAAUAUUCCUCCCUCGUGCCCUUCACCAGCUCCCUCUGUCAAGCACGACUUGUAUGACCGCAGACAAUCUACCAGCUCCUACGUUCCCCCUUCCCCUUCAGUCUACUCUACCGAAGGCCACCAUCGCCGAGACUCGCGGCCGUCAUACCCGCCCACGCCAGUUGCUGCACCUCGUCCUCGACCUAUGCACAGCCAGACUUCCCUCCCGGCUCUCAAGAUAGACCAGCUCGUCUCUCCUGUUUCCCCGCUACCUCCUAUUGAGCCACAGACUGGCCCUGCUCCUGAACUACCUCCUAUCAAUGUUGGUGGCAAGCGCAAGCACGAGAGCGUCUUCGCCCAGAGCACCCGUCCACUCCACAAUGGUCAGCGACAAGUGGAUCCUCACUACGGUCGAUCUCACCGUGGUUAUAGCCCCGAUCAUGACCAAGGCUGGUACUCUCGAGCCGAUGGUCAAAUCAGCUCCGUCCAGUUCAACCGGUAUUAUGACGAAUAG